CGAAGGUGUUUCUAAAUUACCUGAGACAUACUGUAUCUUUGGCAGCCAUUUCUUGUUUCUUACUGUUGUAUUUGUGAGAAGCUGAUUCAUCACUUGAGUACUACUACUCUGAGUAGAGUACUUCACAUUUUUUCCCUUCCUUUUGUCACUUUUUUUAGCCAUCUUUGUGUUGCAGCUUGACUACCGAGAAACCUUUUUAGAAAUAAUUUAUUUAUCAAACUUGAGCUAUUUGGAAACCUUGUUUAUUUUUCAUUUCUACCUUAUUUAUUUAGGCUAUUUGUUUUCUUUAUUUCUUCUUUACAUUUUCAUAUUAACAGGAUGAUGUAGAUGGCAAAUGCAGCAGACAUACGAGGAGAGCCAUAAACCCUUCUGUUCAAUUAUAUGGAUCACAAGGCCCAGUGAUUUUUGACUUGACCCCAGUGAUUUCCAGAAUGAGUGGUGGAGCUAAGGGGUUGUUGGUACUGAUGGGUGAACAGCUGUAGGAGGGGCUUUGUCAGAUAAGGACGGCAUUAGGUUGGAAGAUGGCUCUCAACGUGCAGCGUUUCCUGCUGGCCCUGCUUCUGCUGGGAGCUAACGAGUUCAUCAGCAUUCGUGCUCAAGAGGCGGGAGUGUCUGAAGCGUGGACCAGCAGGUCUUGCAAAUGUGACUGCGAAGGAGGGGAAACCCCGACUGAGUUUUCCUCCACUGGGACGGGCUCUUCCAUGGUGCGAGGAGUGGACUGCAUGCCCGAGUGUCCAUACCACAGGCCUCUGGGCUUUGAGGCCGGAUCAGUGAGUCCAGACCAGAUCACCUGUUCCAACCAGGACCAGUACACCGGCUGGUUCUCCUCAUGGGUCCCGAGCAAGGCCAGGCUCAACAGCCAGGGCUUCGGGUGUGCCUGGCUGUCUAAGUUUCAGGACAACAGUCAGUGGCUGCAGAUUGAUCUGAGGGACGUGAUGGUGGUGUCGGGGAUCCUCAGUCAGGGCCGCUGUGACGCUGACGAGUGGGUCACCAAGUACAGCGUUCAGUACCGCACAGAUGAAAAACUCAACUGGAUCUAUUACAAAGACCAGACUGGAAACAACAGGGUGUUUUACGGAAACUCGGACCGCUCUUCGUCCGUGCAGAACCUCCUGCGGCCGCCCAUCGUGGCUCGUUACAUCCGCAUCCUCCCCCUCGGGUGGCACACACGCAUCGCCCUGCGCAUGGAGCUGCUGCUCUGCAUGAACAAGUGCACCUGAACGUCUUUUCCCGCUGUCCCCAACAUCUUGUCCCAAAACUCCCAAACCUUCGCCUACACCUAAAGCCCGCAUCGUCAGAGCGUGUGCUCCGCUGAUUUAUCCACAGAUUUGGCCCCUUACUGCUACAUGUGUAAAACCACAAGCUGAGCUUUGAAAUAUGAGCAAAACAGUUUGACUUGUGCGAUUUCAUUAAAAUAUUUGUUUGAUAUGCCCAAUGAGCUUUCAUUCACUCCUCCCUCCAUUGUGUGUGUUGAACCAGUCUCACUCUAUAGCCUUUAAUUUGGUGAGUUCUCAACAGAUUGUUCCAUUUGCAGUGAAAUGGCAUAAAUUCAAAGCAAUAAUUAGGCACUGAGAGGGAGACGCAGCGUUGCUAUGGAGGUGGUAUCCACCUAUAGGAGACAAGCUCUCGUCUUCGUGUGACAGGUCUAUGAAUUAUGUCCACUUCUCUGGAUAUUUAAUGGCAAGCAGGGAACUUACACUUCCACACCUGCCAGUCAGUCUCUGUUUUUGCUUUUUUGUUUUUUAAGGAUAAGGUUGCUGAUAUUCUACAUUUUAAAUUUUCCUGACAACAAAUCUAAUGAAAAGAAUCAAAUCCAACAAUGUUCAAUGUUCACAAACAGGUAUUUGUUUGUAUGGUCAAAGCCUGGUGGAUCUUAUUCCUUUAUUUUGAAUAUAUUCAUUUUUAGUCCGAGCAAAGGCCACUAAAAAUAUUUCAUUACAAUGAAUCUGGGCACUGUGGUUUACCUUGAGUCACCAUCCUGCCACUUUAAAAAUACUGGCGGUCAUUAAGUGUUAAGUGUUUGUUGAUCUGCAGAUGACAAUAGUCCCAAAAGAAUGCACUAUUUCCUCCCGUUUGAGUAAUGUUUGCAAGAACAGAAAGUACCAAGCCUCUCCUUAAAU